AUGGCCUCCGUUGCUCUGCAGGAAACCUGGUCGCGAAGGAACAUACCAUGCGUCGAGUGCAUGCUGUUUCUUGCGAGACUUGAACCUGAGAGAAUCCGGCGUCACAAUCUCUGCUUGGAGAGCCCCCCAGGUGCUGCUCGCUGCCGUCGAUGCCAGCAUCCUGAAACCUACGGCCGGUGCAUUACGAUCAUCCGCGGAUCCGAGCUAGCCUGUAUAGCUGUCAACCUGAUCCACGCCGUCAAAGCAUUCCAAGCAUCCAAUGACGAAGACGCGAAUGCACCCCAACUUGCAAGACUAUCCAGCGAGUCCAUACGGGAGGUCAGGAAGCUCGAGGAGCAGCUCGAUAUGAAGACGCGACAGAUCAAGCGGCUCAAGGAGAAGUUCAAUGGGAUGACACGGGCAGCCAAGCUUGAGCAGAAGCUUGAUGAGAAGAAGCAUGCUGUAGAGGAACUGAAGACCGAGAUCGAGCAGCGAAAGAACAGGCUGAGGGGACUGUUAAAUAGCAUAGCGAUGUAA